AUGCCUCAUAAGUUCAGAAACCACAACUACAAGGCCCCUACCUUCUGUGACCAUUGUGGAUCUCUACUAUGGGGACUGAUGAAGCAGGGCCUGCAAUGCAAGGUGUGUAAGAUGAAUGUACACAAAAGGUGUGAGGCCAACGUAGCUCCCAACUGCUGGGUGGACGCCAAAGGCAUCGCCAAAGUCCUGGCUGAAAUGGGAGUCACUCCUGAAAAGAUUUCCACUACAGUGCAGGAAAAAGAGCAGGAUGAGUUGGAGCGGCUACAACGUGGGAUGUCGUUAGAGAUGCGAGGCUCUUCCUCCUCCGGUUCCUCCUCUACCUCGCGGGACAAUGGAGCAGCGAAGAGGACUCUCAAAGACUUCAGCUUCAUCAAUGUCUUGGGGAAAGGAAGCUUUGGAAAGGUGAUGUUAGCAGAGCUGAAAGGCAGUGAGGAGGUGUUUGCAGUGAAGGUGUUGAAGAAGGAUGUGAUCCAGCAGGAUGACGAUCUGGACUGCACCCUGACAGAGAAACGCAUCCUGGCCCUAGCUAGGAAACACCCCUACCUCUGCCAGCUCUACUGCUGCUUCCAGACCCGGGACCGUCUGUUCUUUGUGAUGGAGUACGUGAACGGAGGAGACCUGAUGUUUCAGAUCCAACACUCCAGGAAGUUUGACGAGGCUCGCUUCUACGCCGCUGAAGUUACCUCCGCACUCAUGUUCCUGUGGCAGAGUGAGAGCAGAGAAGAGAUAUUAGGCUGA